AUGCUGCUCCAACUUUUAACAAUCUCGGUGGUCAUCUCAACCGGUAUAGCUGAAUACAAGAAUUAUGACGGGUUCAAAAUUCUAGAGGUCAAUUUUCAAAAUCCACGUGUCAAAAAAUAUGUGCAAGAAAUAGAUAAAAAUUUGGGAUUUAUGCCCGACUUCCUUGGAGAGAACUGGAAACAAAAGCAGGCUCACUACUUCAUUGAUAAGGAUUCGGUGGAGAAAGUGAGGUCGAAUUUGGCAAUGAAUAAUAUCACUUAUCAGAUGAGGGAUGUGAACCCGCAGUUAUUCAAAGUGCGGAGAAAAAGAAGAGAUCUCAACGGCGUUGUCACUAUUAAUGAUGUCAACAAUCGCUAUUUGAGUUAUGACGAGCAAAUGCAAUUCCUGAACACACUCUCUCAACAAUAUCCGGAGGACGUGAAACUUCAAAAAUUGGGAAAUUCGUAUGAAGGAAGAGCUCUCACUGCUGUUCGGAUCGGAGACGAUGGAUCAAAUAAACCAAUCGUUUGGAUUGACGCCGGUGUUCAUGCACGUGAAUGGAUUUCAUAUAAUGUGGCGUUGUACUUGGUUUAUACGAUCGUAACCCAACCCGCCUACCGUGAUCUCCUAAACUCUGUCCAACUAAUCGUCGUUCCCAACACGAAUCCAGAUGGCUACGAGUACAGUCGAACCAACGAUCGAAUGUGGAGAAAGACGCGUUCGCGCUUCUCGAACAGUCGAUGCGGCGGAGCAGAUGCCAACCGAAACUACCCGUUCUUCUGGGGAACACAAGGUGUCAGUCAUCAUCAGUGCUCUGAAAUCUACUGUGGAUCUCGUCCACAAUCCGAACCCGAAGUAUUGGCACUGACGAAUGCGAUUCAGCGAGAGGAGACGAGAAUCAAGGGAUACAUUGCAUUGCACUCUUACGGACAAGAGAUUCUGUAUCCAUGGGGACACACGAUGCAUACUUAUCCAAGUGAUGUGAAGGAUUUGAUUCGGGUGGGAAAAGCUAUGGCGAAGGCUAUCAAGGCGGUGAAUAAUACGGAUUAUAAUGUGGUUAAUAGUGGAGAUGGAUUGUACCCUGCCGCUGGUGCAUCAGAUGAUUGGGCAAAGUCUCGAGGAAUCAAGUACUCCUACACCAUUGAGCUCUCUCCGGUUGACGAUUACACUGGAUUCGUUCUCCCAGAAGAGCGCAUCAAUCAAGUCUGCCGUGAGGCGUUUCAAGCCAUUCAAGUGUUGAUGAUCGAGGUGAAGACAAUGUUCGGAAUCAGAAGUGUGACGUCAUCCGCUUCAUCUGCUCAGUCAUCACUUCUUCUGAAGCACAUGAGAUCUACAAUCAGUCGGGGAUUCGGACGGGGAUAG